AACGCUAGAGGAUAGUCGGAUUACUGCGUACUGCGUAGUGCGUAGUGCGUUGUCAGUGUAGAAUCGUACAUACUGCGUUAGGGCUGUGUCGACUGUCGAUUCACAAGCCCUCGUUGAAACUUCCGUGAUGUUUGCAUUAAAUUCAGUCAAACUACUGCUAUUUCUAACAAUUUUAAAGUAUGUUUCCUGUCAACUUCUCCGUCCUGAUGUCAUGAACCUUGGACAUUAUGAUGAAGAAACAAAACACUACAUUAAGGCAAAGGAUUCCCCUGUCCCUAUCAAGGAGCCAUUGCUAGGAGCUGAUGGCCAUGAUGUAGUAGAUCAUCGCCAGCCCUUGCUGGGAGGAGAUGAUCACGAUAAAGUACCUCACAACCGUGCCAUUCUUGGUGGUGAUGAUCACGAUAAAGUACCUCACAACCGUGCCAUUCUUGGUGGCGAUGGUCAUGAUCAAUUGCCUCAUCAGCGACCUGAACUUGGGAAAGACAAUCACGAUAGAGUACCUCACCAUCGUACCCUAAUUGGAGAUGUACAAGGGAGCAUUCCUCACCGCCGACCUAUCUUUGGUGGAGAUGAUCACGAUAAAGUGCCCCAUCACCGAGCAAAUCUCGGAGGAGAUGAUCACGAUAAAGUUCCUCACCACCGACCGAUUUUUGGUGGAGAUGAUCACGAUAAAGUGCCCCAUCAUCCUAUCCUGAUCGGCGGAGAUGAUCACGAUAAAGUUCCUCAUCACCGACCGAUUUUUGGUGGAGAUGAUCACGAUAAAGUGCCCCAUCAUCCUAUCCUGAUCGGUAGAGAUGAUCACGAUAAAGUUCCUCAUCAUCGCACCUUUAUUGGUGGGGACAAUCACGAUAGGAUUCCUCAUCAUCGCCCCAUCUUCGGAGGAGAUGAUCACGACAAAAUACCUCACCACCGCACCCUGAUUGGCGGAGAUAAUCACGAUCGAAUUCCUCAUCACCGCCCUAUGUUUGGAGAGGAUGAUCACGAUAAAGCUCCCCAUCGUGCGAACGCGCUGUUCAGCUUCCAGUCGUUCAUGCAAGAGCACGGCAAGCAGUACCAGGAUGCCGAAGAGUUCCGUAAGCGCUUCGCCAUCUUCAGGCAAAACCUUCAGCGCGUGAAGCAGCUACGACGCUCCGAGCGCGGCUCUGCUACAUACGGUGUCACCCAGUUCUCCGACCUAACACAGGAGGAGUUCAGCAAGUUGCUUGGGUUCAGACCUGAGCUGCGACGACCAUCUGAGAAGCGCCAGCUGGUGACCGACAUACCGCAGCUGGACCUGCCUGACGCGUACGACUGGCGUCACUAUAACGUCGUUACGCCCGUCAAGAAUCAGGGCAUGUGUGGCUCGUGCUGGGCGUUCUCAACCACCGGCAACAUCGAGGGCCAGUGGGCGCUCAAACACUCUGAGCUCAUCUCCCUCUCCGAGCAAGAGUUGGUUGACUGCGACAAGGAGGACCACGGGUGUGAGGGCGGUCUGCCAGAGAACGCCUACGACGCCAUCGAGAAGCUGGGUGGCCUGGAGAGCGAGGAGCAAUAUCCUUACGACGGCCACGACGGUACUUGCCACGUCGAGGCUGCCAAGGCGAAGGUGCACGUGAACGGCUCCGUGGAGCUACCAACAGACGAGACGCAGAUCGCGCAGUGGCUCGUCAAGAACGGACCCAUCUCCAUAGGCAUCAAUGCGAACCCUCUGCAGUUCUACACCGGCGGCGUGACGCACCCGCUGCGCUUCCUGUGCAGCCCCAACAACAUCAACCACGGCGUGCUCAUCGUCGGCUACGGCACGCACAGCUACCCCAUCUUCAACAAGACCAUCCCCUUCUGGGUGGUGAAAAACUCCUGGGGAGUUGACUGGGGAGAACAGGGAUACUUCCGUGUGUACCGCGGCGACGGUACGUGUGGCGUCAACCUCAUGGCCACCUCAGCCAUCGUGCCUUGAGACUGGGGAGAACUGGAGUGAUGCACCCCGUGCAGAAACGGAUAGGUUUGCUGCGUGACGGCAACUGCUUCCACUUCACAAGAUAUCUUGGCAGCAUUCGUUGGCUUCUAUUAUUAUUCGUUGGCGUUUUAUUAUUUUCUUCGUUUGUGAUGGACUCUAUAUACUCCAUGACGUUGUUCUAUUAGUAUAUACUCAACGCUUGAUAGUAACUAUCCACUGCUCUGCUUCCCCAUUCUAGCCAGUAAAUGUUUUUAUUUACGAAACGUCAUUUUGAUGAAUUUCAUUUUUACGGUAGUAUGGGUUACAUUCUAUGCAGCGGUCGCUCCUACGUUUGUUUCAAAGUAUUUUAACUUGUUUUAAAUCAUGACUCAAUUACAUGCUCAUUUUAUUCACUAUGUCACAACCUAUCAAGUAAACCGUGACCUAUGCUGACUCUAAUCCUGUAGACGUUGUUUGUUAAGCUAUUUAAUGUUCUCUAGGAGUGUUCUACUGAAUUUUUAGCUGAUCAAAUUUAUUCAAUUUUCUAUUAUUGUUGAGUUAACUUUUGGACUAUUUAAUCUAAAUGUAGUAUGCGAGUUACACUUGUUAAAUCAACAAUAUCAUUUUGAUAGUAAAUGUAGAGAUUUUUUUAGUUUUCAUGAUGCAGCUAAUAGCUUCUAUCUCUUUCAUGCAUGCUUUUUAACUUUAUAUUGUUACAUUGCGCGUGUUUCUUGCAGCGUAGGUAUGUUUCUUUUAUAAGUGAACAAAAUAAGUGGGGAAAAGUGCGAUUUCUUCUUAGCGACGUAUUCACUUCGAUUUUAUUAUUGAAUCUCAAAUCGGUCAUUAAUUAGCAUUAAUUGCAACUGAAUCUCAUUGCCACGUCACAAAUUAAUGAUGUAUUUGCCACAAAUUCUUCAUGUCGCGUCAAUAAACUCCCAAGGAACAUUCAGUCUUCACUGGCGCACGCCCUGAGGAGAUAUAAUUGAUAUAAUCUACUGUGAAUGCUAUCUGAAAAAAUGCUCACUUAAAUUAUUUGUGCUUCACGCGUCAUGUAGCGCGGGUUAUGAUAUUUCUGUCAAUACUCACUUCGCCGUAGAGCAUAAUUACAUUUAGUUGUGAUAACAAUGCUAUUUGCUAGUAAACUUCAUUACUGUAGCUGCUUAGUACACUUUAUUGAAUCUCAACUAUGUUUGAUGUUUUUUUGUUUGAAAUAAAUUAGCAUAAUACGUUUUUA